UCAAAUUAUGUACAUAUACCGUAUUUAUUACUGGAAUUUGAAAUCAAUUGUGCUUCCUGAACAUUUCUAUAUCAUGAGGUUUAUAUUCAUUAUAACAUUAUAUGUAUAAUACCGAUCUUAACAUCGGCUUCCUUUCUCCAAGAAUGGUUUUAUAAAUACCGGUAUGUUCAACUUUAUUAGCCAGUUUCAAAACUGUUCAGAAAAUCUCACUGUCGCGUCAUAUACUUAGGUUAACAUAUAUGCCGACACUUAACGUCACCCUGUAAUGUAAACCAUGCAGCGUCACAAACUGCAAAAUUAGGAAGUGUUUGCACUGUUUUUCAAAGGCACGUAAUGGUGCAUUAAUUAAAUGCGUGUUUAUUUACUAUGCUUGCAUUUCAUUAUCUGUUAGGUCUGUUCUUGUGGAAGAUGAUAUGUUGAUCGAGUCCCUGCUGUCAUGAGCAUAUUUGUAUGUUACUGCCUCGUCAGGCAGCAAUAAACAGGGAAAGUCUUGAUGAUAUUCUGUAAGUGAUGAGUUACUAGACUGCUUUGUCCAGACAUUGGCCAUUUACUUCAUGUUCCAAUCGGUUAUUAACAUAAGUAGCCUAAUGUGUAUUAUUCAGUGAUGUGCAUUUGGAUGGACUGGUGUAACUUUAAUUCAUUGCAAUGUCUAAAAAGCUGCCUGUUGCAAACUUAAAAUGAAACGUCAUUAGAAAUUCAUAUUCCUCAAACGCCUGACGAUUACACGUAGGCCUUGGUCAGGAUCUCUUCUCAUCAGGGGAGUUCAAGAAUCAUCUCAGGAUGAAGACGUACACGAGUCGCAUUUGUUUAAACUUCCCAAUUACUUUACAGAAAACGUCCCAGGGCUUCUUGCAAACGUAAUAUGUAGCCUAAUUUUGUUUCCAAGCAAACAAGAUAAUUCUCGAUGUUGCCUGCGUCACUCCACGUCGGGUCCGCUCAUCGUCCACGCAUGGUACUUAAAUCCUGGUGCAACCACCAGGACCCCGUAGCUGCAUCCGUGUUCGGCCGCUGAUAGGUAGACACAGCUACUCCGGGUCAGUUACCGAAACUUAGACUGGGGGCUUCAGUGACGUCAUAAAGGCUGAGAUUAUAGCGGUGAGCUGCGCUGAUCCGGCUCUUGGCUCCCUUUACGGGGAUUGGCUGGCUCCCGGGCGUAUAAAUACGCACUUCGUGGGAGAACACACCGAUAUUAUUUCCGAAACUUGCAAGCUCGCCGAUCUAACGGGAGGAAUCAAAGGGGACUCCAUGGGGUUGACGGUAACAUCAUGCUGGACGCUCAUUCUGAGCACCUGCUUGGCGCUGCCGGUCUGCGCAGACUGCGGCCAGGACUGCGCGCUCUGCCUCUUCCGUCUGCAGGGCAGAGCUGCUGAGGUGAGCACGCUGACAUGUACGCUGGAGUGCGAAGGGAAAUUAACGACGAGAAAGUCCAUGGACCUCUGCAAAGACAUGCUCCAAGCAGAGAGAGAGCGGGUAGAGAGAGGGAGCGCCACGAAACAGGAGGACGACGAGCGACAGCUGGAGAAGAAGUACGGGGGUUUCAUGAAACGCUACGGGGGGUUCAUGAAGAAGGCCGGAGAGCCCGUCGCUGGGCCCGAGGACGAGAACGGCAGCAGAGACGGCCUGGUGAAGAGGUACGGAGGCUUCAUGAAGAAGGACGCGGAGGCCGGCGGAGACAGGGUCGGCGCUUUGAAGGAACUUCUGACCCCUGAAGCGGCUCUCAAAGACGACCAGCAGGUGGAAAAAAGGUACGGUGGCUUUAUGAGGAGCGUGGAACGGAGCUCGGAGCUCGACGGCGGCGCCAGGGAGCUGCAAAAGCGAUAUGGAGGCUUUAUGAGAAGGAUGGGCCGCCCUGCGUGGAAGGAGGACGAGAAGCGGCUUAUCGGCUUCCUCGAGGGCCCCCGGGGAGAUGAGGGUGGAGCCUAUUCACCGGCAGCAGAAAAGCGAUAUGGAGGCUUUAUGGAUUAGCUGACCAAUCAAAGGACACUAUCUCUGAUCACCUGCCCUUCUUGUUUGCUUGAUAUAUAUAUAUUUUUUUUUACCAAUAAGCAUAUAUGUUUGUCUUGUUGUCAGACAACACCACAGACUACACUGUAAGAGUUUUAUUUAUUACAAGGAAGCACUGGGUAGAGGGGGGGGGGGACACACCUAUAAACAAGAAAUGAUUACAGAGGACUGAUUUGGGGAUUUCUGUUUGCCGUUUUUUAGGAUUAAAAUCAUGGUUCACGGUGUUUUAUUAUUUGUAAAAAUGCGCUACCCUAAUUAAAAUUAUUCAGUGUAAAGGUCAUUCGAGUCCAGCGACAAAUCAGAAAGUCGGAUUCAAAGAACAGAAGAAAAACAUUAUGAACAAAAGGAAUUGAGACUUUCCAACAUAACACAAUCCAAAAAUUCCCACAGGAUUCAUUCUAACCUGUCACAUCUUAAAUAUAUCACAUCCACCCGAAUGGGGGUGUCAUCAAUCUUUUGCUUAUGUUACACUAUCACCAAAAAGUGUCUGUAGCUAUUAAUGAAUUAACAUGUUUUUCCUUAAAGAGAUUCCAUCUCUGUGUGUAAGUCAUUAUGAUUAGAUGCUGAAAUGAAAAUAAAGUCAUUUUAACUGCAA